AUGUGUUUACAAAUUCUCAACAGUCGUUUAAAUUUUUUCCAGAAUUUGCCUCGGCAAGAAUUUACUGUUGUCGAACAUGAUCCUAACAAAUUGGUCACAAAACUUACUGUUCGAUCAGCAAACGUAUCGACAAAUGGAAUAUUACUGUCAAUAGUUGGUGGCGAUCCACGCCAUCAUUUUCGCUUGGAUUCACAUACUCGCGAAUUGUUAACUACGAGCGAAGUGGAUCGUGAAUACCGUAGCAAGUACGAUCUUUGGAUUGCUGCGAUUGAUCAGCAUGCACAACCAAUGAUUUCAUACGCAAACGUUGUCAUCAAUGUUUUAGAUAUCAAUGAUAACAAACCGCGAUUCGAAAUGGUUUCCUACUCUGCUUCUGUGGCAGAAAACGGUGAAAGCAAUGAACUGGUCCUUAAAAUAAGAGCGCAGGAUUCGGAUUCCGGGAAAAAUGCUGAUAUUUCAUACAGUCUGCUAAAUGAUGGCACGGAUGCAUGGAAGUAUUUCCGAAUUGAUGAGAAAACGGGCGAAAUCUUUACCAUUACAAGUUUGGAUGCCGAACUUUUCAGAGAAUGCCGUCUGAGCGUUAUUGCGCGAGAUUAUGGUAGCCCAUCGCUCUCCGCAAUUACGGUUGUGAAGAUUGAAGUGUUGGAUGAAAAUGAUAACUCGCCUCGUUUUUCAAAUCUUUUCCACGGAACUGUUGAUGAAAAUAGUCCACCAGGAACACCAAUUAUACAAGUAACAAGUUACGACGCUGAUUUUAAUAGUACUCUGGAAUAUGGAUUGGAAGGAGUGGAUGCUGAUAAAUUUUCUAUCGAACAGCAUACUGGCUUGAUUAGCCUAGCUACCGAAAUUGAUCGCGAAAAGGUUUGUUUGCUGGGAAAUACAUGCUCAUUAAAGAUAUUUUUCAUGUGA